CAGUUACAUAUAUUUGAGUUUAAAACAAUAGAGGAGUCGAAAUCAUUUUUAAAACGUAACCUGAACCAGUUUACGAAGUUAAAUGGUUGUGGAUGUUUAUUGUUUUUAUAUAGUAUUAUAUUAUCAAGAUCUGUCACCAGAAUCAAACAAGAUAUGGAUGUUGAUAUAAAUAAAGAUGUACAGUUACUAAAUGAUUAUGAAGGCUGUACCAUACCCUCAAUUAAUUUGCUGUUAACUGGUAAAGCUGUACAAUAUGUACAUAAUGGUGAUAUAAUAUAUGAUAAACGUGGUGAAUUAUUACCAAAGCCAUUACACGGUGUCCAGGAAAGAAGUAGCAUCGGAAUGCUUUAUUGGAAUAAAAAAGAAGAGGACAAACGAACUGAGGUUGGUAGUAUGUUGAAGACACCAAAACAUCCAAUAUGGCUGACAGUGAUUAAUGAUCAGAUUGGCUUGAUAUUCUCAACUAAUCUGGAUUUAAUUAGUGAUUGGAGAGUUGAACACAGAUUUAUGUUAUAUUACUAUACAGGAUUACUGAGUCAAAAUCAACAAACAGUCCUGUCUAUAGGUAAUCGGAAUCAUCGGAGACCCAAAACAGCCAGAUUAGCUCAAAGAGAAGACGAAAAGAAAAUCCCACCUCUAGAACAAUGUAUAUGUACAAAGUGGUUUGGUGCUAAUAUCAACUGGAAUGGAACA